UCAGGACUAGAAGAAGCUGUCUAUAGGAAUAUCCAGGCAUGCAAAGAACUUGCUCAAACCACCCGUACAGCUUAUGGACCAAAUGGAAUGAACAAAAUGGUUAUCAAUCAUCUGGAGAAGCUUUUUGUCACAAAUGAUGCUGCUACUAUCUUGAGAGAGCUGGAGGUCCAGCAUCCUGCUGCAAAAAUGCUUGUCAUGGCUUCCCACAUGCAAGAGCAAGAAGUUGGAGAUGGAACAAACUUUGUGCUUGUUUUUGCUGGAGUUCUUCUGGAGUUAGCAGAAGACCUUCUGAGGAUGGGGUUGUCAGUCUCAGAGGUGAUUGAAGGAUAUGAAAAGGCUUGCAAGAAAGCCCUAGAAAUUCUUCCAGACUUGGUGUGCUGUUCUGCAAAGAACCUUCGAGAUGUUGAAGAAGUGGCAUCUUUGUUGCAUGCUUCAGUGAUGAGCAAACAAUAUGGCAAUGAACAGUUUUUGGCAAAGCUUAUUGCUCAGGCCUGUGUUUCUAUUCUUCCCGAUUCUGGUCAUUUCAAUGUCGAUAAUAUCAGAGUGUGCAAAAUUGUGGGUGCUGGUAUCUCCGCUUCCUCAGUGCUGCAUGGCAUGGUUUUUAAAAAGGAAACUGAAGGAGAUGUUACUUCUGUCAAAGAUGCAAAAAUAGCUGUGUAUUCCUGCCCUUUUGAUGGUAUGAUAACUGAAACUAAGGGCACUGUGCUUAUAAAGAACGCUGAGGAACUGAUGAAUUUCAGUAAGGGAGAAGAAAAUCUAAUGGAUUUGCAAGUCAAAGCUAUUGCUGAUAGUGGUGCCAAUGUAGUAGUAACAGGCGGCAAAGUGGCAGACAUGGCACUUCAUUAUGCCAACAAAUACAACCUUAUGUUAGUCAGGUUGAACUCAAAGUGGGAUCUGAGAAGACUGUGUAAAACUGUUGGUGCAACAGCCCUGCCCAGACUGACUCCCCCUACUCCAGAAGAAAUGGGACACUGCAAUAGUGUAUAUUUAUCGGAGGUUGGGGAUACACAAGUUGUUGUGUUUAAGCAUGAAAAGGAGGAUGGUGCCAUUUCUACUAUCCUCAUUCGUGGAUCUACAGACAAUCUGAUGGAUGACAUAGAGAGAGCAGUGGAUGAUGGUGUAAAUACUUUCAAAGUACUCACAAGGGAUAAACGUCUUGUUCCUGGAGGUGGUGCAACAGAGAUUGAAUUAGCCAAACAGAUCACAUCUUAUGGAGAGACUUGUCCUGGGCUUGACCAAUAUGCCAUCAAGAAGUUUGCUGAGGCGUUUGAAGCCAUUCCUCGAGCACUGGCAGAAAACUCUGGAGUAAAGGCUAAUGAGGUCAUCUCUAAGCUUUAUGCUGUGCAUCAGGAAGGGAAUAAAAAUGUUGGAUUUGAUAUUGAAGCCGAAGCUGCCGCUGUGAAGGAUAUGUUGGAAGCUGGUGUGUUGGACACAUACCUUGGAAAAUCCUGGGGGAUCAAGCUAGCUACAAAUGCAGCGGUGACUGUCCUAAGGGUAGAUCAGAUUAUUAUGGCGAAAACAGCAGGCGGUCCAAAAGCCCCUAAGCAACAAGGACAUUGGGAUAAGGAUGACUGGAAAGAUGAGCCUGAAAAAUAGUACUCAAUCAUUAUGGCAAAACCAGCUGGUGGCCCAAAACCUCCAUCAGGAAAGAAAGACUGGGAUGAAGACCAAAAUGACUGAAAAAUUUAACUGUACUUUUUCAAUGAUAUGAUUUUGUGAGGUUUUUUUGAUACUCCAGUUGGAGCCUGUCAUGAUGUUUUGCUCUGUUGCCUUUAAGUUAUGAACUGUGUCUAAUGAAGUGCAGAACUUCUAACACUUCAAUAAACGUACU